AUGGCAAAUGAGAUAGUUGGCGAGCAAGAUGGAGAACACAUUACUGAACCACCUUAUGCAAUAUUGUUCUUGUUUGGGUGCUGUUCGCUUGGAGCACUGGUACGAACACUUCUAAAAGUAUGGUCUGCACAUUUCCCGAAGUUGCCACUGCCAUACACAGUAGCACUGUUGAUACUUGGUUCAUUCAUGGGCCUAAUAUCAAAACAGUAUGAAUCAGUUGGGAACUACACUAAGAUGGCACAGAUGGAUCCACAAAUUAUCCUACAUAUUUUCUUACCAGUGUUGAUAUUUGAGUCGGCAUUUGCAAUGGAAGCACAUACAUUUUUCAGAUCCUUUAUGCAGAUUGUCACUCUAGCUCUUCCAGGCUUACUUGUGGCAUCCUUUCUGACUGCAAUAAUGGCAAUGAAUGUUUUUGACUAUGGAUGGAGCUUUGAGGUAUCACUGUUAUUUGGAAGCAUAGUGAGUGCAACAGAUCCUGUUGCCGUGGUUUCACUUCUCAAAGACCUAGGAGCAUCCAAACAACUUGCAACAACCAUCGAAGGUGAAUCGCUGUUGAAUGAUGGUGCUGCGAUCGUCAUGUUUAACGUGCUUCUGGAAAUGGCAGACCCAAUGAAACCCACGAUGGGUGCCGGUGACAUUGUUCUCAAAUUUGUGCGCAUCGCCAUUGGCGGACCCGUCUUUGGAUUCAUCAUGUCGAAGAUCACCAUCUUCUGGCUGUCGAACAUCUUCAACGACGCGAUCACGGAGAUCACAAUCACUCUGGCUGCCACAUACGUCACUUUCUACGUGGGAGAGGCUGUGCUGGAGGUGUCAGGUGUGUUGGCAGUGGUUGUGCUUGGUAUCACACUAAGUGCAGAACGAACAGUGAUUAGUCCUGAGGUUGAAGGCUCCUUGCACAGGUUCUGGGAGAUGCUCGCUUAUCUUGCUAAUACACUGAUCUUCAUUCUGGUUGGAGUUGUCAUCACCGAGCAAGCAAUGAAUGACAUUAACGAGAAAGACUGGUUCUACAUGCUAGUCCUCUACUUCGGUGUCAACAUCAUACGUGGCAUCACCAUAACGCUGUUCAGUCCUGUGCUGAAGCACAUGGGCUAUGGUCUGACAUGGCGUGAUGCCACCGUCAUGACGUGGGGUGGCCUGAGAGGAGCCGUUUGCGUCGCCCUCUCGCUUCUCGUCUACCGCACGGACGGAGUAGCAGAAGCCGGAAAGAAGAUGGUCAUCCAUGUCGCUGCGAUCGUGGUGCUUAGUCUGGGGAUAAAUGCCACGACGAUCGCCUCAGUCUUGGACUUACUUGGAAUGACGGACAUCUCACCAGCUAAGCGCAUGGCGAUGGCUAACGUCGUACGCCACCUGAAGGAGACCAAGCAUCGAGCGCUCAAUGUGCUCAAGAUUGACCGAUUCCUCGCUGAUUCUGACUGGGCUGUGGUGGAGAAUAGCACCCUGGUGACCGACCCCUACCAUACACAUGAAGAGCAGCUUAACAUUGAGGAGAAUUUUGAGUACAAACCGCAAAGCAGAUGCCCAGAGUGCAGACACGUUUUCCCAACAGAGCCAACGCCUACUGAGUACAGAGACAUGUACAAUGAGGCUACACUGCGCAAGUUGAAAGCACACAAGGUGAGUUACUGGAGGCAGUUUGAGCAUGGGAUACUGUCGUCGGAUUCUGUGCGCGUCCUGGUCGGAUACGUGGAGAGCUCCAUGGACCUGGCGGGAUCGUUUAUCAACUUGGAAGAAGUCAAGAAGAACUGGCAAAUCACAGGAAUCUAUCCAUUCCUGAAACGAAAGCUGGAAUCAGUGAUUUACGGCAAAAGUCGCGACAGAACAUUCUGUCCAAGGUCAAAGUGGCGAGCAAUAGUCUACAAAAUCACAGUAAAUAGCUAUUUUGAAGCCUUCAUUUAUAGCGUCAUCAUGCUCAACAUGGUGCCGGUCAUCUUCGAGUUCCGCGUCAGCGAGGACACGCAGAUCCUCUACGCUGGCAACAAGACGCACACGGACUUCAGCGUGGUCAUCGCGGAGGAGGACGUGGAGAGCGGCGUCUACGCCGGGCCAUGGAUCUCCUAUGUCAGCAUCUUCGACCGGCUGUUCGCGCUCGCCGACUACAGGGCCGUGCUGUCCGUCGUCAACUAUAUCUUCUUCGGCAUCUACAUCGGCGAGGCUACCUUCAAGAUCGCGUCCUUCGGAGUGAUCUACUUCAAGGACCACUGGAACCAGUUUGACCUGCUCAUCAUACUGCUGUCGGUCGUCGACGUCGUGCUGGAGGCUGGGAUCGCAAAGAUCUUCCGCCUGCUCAGAAUCUCGCGAGUGUUCCGUCUCUUCAAGGCUCUCAUACCGAGGAUCAUUGAUUGGCUAGAUGAGAGGAUCAAUCGCAACCUGAGCUUCGGCUACGAUGUCGGUAAGGGCUUCGUCGUUGGCGAGGAGGAAGUGUCCAAGUACAUCGAGCAGAUGGUGGACAACGCAAACAUCGCGAAGAGUCUCAAGGAGAAGUCCGUCGAGCAGAGGUUAGAGGUCAUCAAAGAGCUCGGGCUGCUGCAGAGAAGUCAUCCAGGCAUCGCGAUAUCGGUGAAGACGAGGCAGUCGAUCCGCACGGUGCUGAACGUGCUGCGUGACGACAUCAACGAGCAGAGGGAAGGAGGCCUGCUGGACGACCGCGAAUUCGGCCUGCUCAUCCACAUGAUAGAAGAGCGCAUGAAGAAGCUGAUGAAGCUGCCGUCGUCGAUUCCGCCGCCGGAUCCACUCAUGAUCCUGCGUAACGUGCCGUGGCUCGCCCACGACGAGAAGUUGAUCAGCUUCAUCCGGUCUCGAGCAAAGCUGCAGAACUACGACUACAGGAACACACUGCUGUGCCAAGGUGACAAACCAAACGGCAUCCAUGUCAUCGUGUCUGGGAUGGUGCGAAUGUCUGCUAAAAUAAAACUUGACACAAGCAAAGCACUGGUUCCACAACACGCCAACAGUCUGCAGCUACUAUCCCAGUGCGAGCCACUGAACACUGAAUUUGAAGACUACCUCACAGCGGGUAACGUACUGGGAGAGAUGGGAAUCAUGACACUGCGACCACGGGCUGCCACCAUCACCUGUGAAACGUCCGUACAGACGUACUUCGUGAGUCUAGAGGAUAUGUUUACUGCUCUGGACACGUUCACGGAACAGCCGUCGCUCGAGUAUCGACUGUGGCGAAUCUGUGCCAUCCGCAUCGCCUUGCCAAUACUGAUGUCCAUCGACGCAUACCAGGGCUUCACACAGGAGAGGGUGAAGCUGCUGCUGCAGCGGGCCUUCCUUCCUCGGCUGGACGGCGUGAAGACCCUCUCCAUCAACGAGGAGAUCAUGGAGGAGGUGAUCGUCAUCCAGGGGGCGGUGCUCAACGCAAACACGCGGGAGGAGUUCAUCGGGCCGUGCUACAUCCCGAAGUCCGUGCACAAACUCACGCUGCAGGAUCGCAAGUAUAUGGAAAUUCAGACCAAGAUCCUGGUGGUUCCCACAGCAGAUUACGAUUACGAGUAUGACCUAUUUGGCCCCGGACCUCUUUGCUUGCUUCACGCAUCCCAACACCGUCUGGAUACGCAGUCUAAACUCAGCCUGGCUAAAAGCAAGAGUACGUUUUCAAGCAUUAACUUGCUAAGAAAACGAUCGUCAAAACCCUCGAAAUUGGUCCUCGAGUCCGUGGAGGACGGAAAGAAGAAAGCAGCAGUUGAAGAAUGCAGUGGCCAUGCCGCAAAAGCGCCAAAAGGUCACAAAUCCAGCUCACCAUUAGCAGCAGCAAAGGAUAAGGUAGAGAAGACAGAAGCUGAUAUCACCCACGAGCAGCAUGUCAAGGAUGUCGGUCCAGGUUCUCCAGGAAUGGAGGGAAAUGAUUUCACAACGACGAUGUGAUGUCAAGAGCGUCCGACCCUGGACUAUACCAACAAAGUCGAUUAUCGUUGUGCAAAUGACUGUAGAUAUAGGAAGGCAAGUUUACACUACCAGAGAUUAGGAGUUACCUUUACGGCGUGCCUGAAUAUAGAAGGUUAAAAACUAGGUUUGUUAGAUUUAGCAGUUGCUGCUAAUAAAAGCUGCAUAGGUUUAUUGUUUAUAUUGAAUUUACUAUACUGUGGCUUUACCUAAAUGUAAUGACUAUUUAUUUUCCAUUAUAUUUGUAUUUAUAAAUAAAACGUUUACAUUUUGUUAGAUAUAUGUUGGCAACACAAACUUGUAUAUGAAAUGUUACAUCCUG